CAAAUAGUAAUUAGGAUAGGAGAUUUUCGUAAAUCCCAUAAGAUGGGCCCAUAUGCGUGAUUGCUCAGAUUACGGCACUAAGGGGGUAAUGUAAAUGUUUCGUUUUCACUCUCACGUUCUUAAUUUUUGUUUGUGUCUCUCUCGCAGGAAUUAGGAUCCGAUAUGGGGUUCUCGGUAACAACGCUAGUUUUCGCAGUGAUUGGAAUUGUGGCGUCCCUUUCUACCAGUAUUUGUUUCAACAGAGGACCUUCCGCCAAUCUAUUUCACCUAACUUUGGUUCUUACUGCAACAACAUGCUGCUGGAUGAUGUGGGCGAUUGUAUAUCUGGCACAGAUGAAACCGCUCAUAGUACCUAUCUUGAGUGAGGGUGAAUAACUUUCUGUAUAAACAGAUGCAACUCUUCAGAAUGUGAAUCACUAGUUAGACGCUGGAGAGGAGUUGAUUUCAGCUCUCAUAAAUCAUUCAGUGUUUACUCUGGCUGGAUCUGUAUGUAUUCUUGUUGGAUAAUGACGUUUCAGUUGGAUCUUCCAUUGCCGGCAUUACCCCAUGUUACAAUCGUUGUAUUCAACCCUCGUUCGUUCCAUAAGUAGUGGUAUUAAGUAUGUAUUUUGGUGAAAUAAGUUGAUACAAGAAAAUUAUAUCUUGGUUUUACUAUAUUAUAUAUAUAAAAAAAUUGAUGAGAGGAUUUUUUCAUGCAA